AUGCGUCGCCUUGCGAGCCAUCCGUCGCCAAGAGUCGCAGCACUGCUCAACAUGCCGAUGAGCUUCAAGCACGAGCAUGUGGGCAUCAACAAGCGUACGUGCACGAUCACCCGCGGAGGUGUCUUUCACAAGGGUGUCGCAGAUCCAGCCCAGGCGUGCAGGCCGGCCAUGGCCUCACCAAGUGCCGGCGGCCCCUCACCGGACGCUCCGCAGUCGCCGGGGAAGGGCAGGAUGCUGAGGGUGGAGUUCAAGGGCCAGCCCUACGACUGGUUCAGCCUUGAUGACAUGGGCUCCCUCAUCCAGUCUGAGGAGUUUGCCAGCACCUUGAAGGAGAACAUCAACCACUACUUCAACGUGCCCUUCGAAGAGCAGGCUGUCUUUGACGAUGAGGGCAUCUUGGUUGCGCCUGUGGACUUCAAGCGGGCUCUUCAGCAUCCGCGUCCCUACUUCAGGGUGUUCAACCUCCACCAGAUGCCGCGAGAACUGCAGGAGCAGGCCAUCGAGAAGUUGGCGACAAUCGCCGACGAGGUGUUGCGGCUUCAGCAGUCGCUAGGAGCUGCCGCCGGCCGCUUAGGAGCAGGGCAGCUGUCGCGUGGACCAGGGAACUACCCCACCCCGGAGCCAGCGCCGGCGCAGCCCCGGAGGGCACAAGUUGCAUCGGCCCCGGAGCCCGACACCGACACAGGACCUUGGGGCCCGCGCGGGAUCUCUGACGCUUCAGGCGCAGCACCUUCGCUGGCUCCCACAGGCCUGCCGGUGUCGCCUUGGCCGGUUCGAAGCCAACCGCAGGCUCCACCCCCAGCUGAGACGCCGCCAUCCUCGAACUGUCCGUAUUGCGGGAAGCCGUACGAGCCGGAGGGCGCGUUGUUCUGCGGCAAGUGCGGCAAGUUGCGUCCCAGCACGCCCGCUGAGCUGCGCACGCUGCCAGCCUCUCUCCCCGAAUGGCCAGGCGCAGCUGGCGCUGCACCACUCAGCACCUCACUGGCCGAUCGCCUGACAGGUGCUGCCUACCCUUCUGCGCCGUGCUCUGGAGGAGCCUGCCAAGUCGCGUCGGCUCCAGCCAUACCGGCGGCAGCCACGCCAAUCACAAGUUUGUCUGGACUGCUGUCUCAGUCUGCGACCAACGGCAAGGCGCCAGCUCCAGCACCCCCGCGGCAUGUGGAUGUCGUCCUCAACAAGGAGUCCAUGAAGCCGGCGGCGUCCUGCCAAGUCUGUGGCAACACGUACAUGCCAGACUCCGAGUUUUGCCGGAGAUGUGGCCGCAAGCGGGAGAUGUCAGUGGUGAUGGACAGGUUUGGCUUUGCGAAUGUGCCUGGGGAGGAUGGCCGGUCUCUCCAGAUCACGUGGAUCGAUCCGGACGGCCUCCUCGCAAGGUGGAAUGCUCAGCAUCCAGACCGGCAAGUCAACGAGGGCGACCACGUUGUUGCCGUGAACAACUUCGCUGAGGACGUGGAGGCCAUGCGGACCCAGCUGCAGCUGAAGCGCAUCAGCAUGUCGGUCAAGGUGGCUGAAGCAGCAGCGGAGCCCGAGAGGGCGACGAUGGAGAAUGCCACGCGCCUCGUGCUGCCGCAGGAGUUGCUGCCGCGAUGCUCACAUUGUGGCAACAUGUACAUGGCUGACUCGCAAUUCUGUCGAAGAUGUGGCCGCGCACGAGCUGACUCGACCGUGAGGUAA